AUGGACCACGAAUCCAUGGAAGACGGGCAGAUGCAGCAAGAUCUAGAACGGAGGCGCCGAUCUAAAGCUGUGCUGAGCGAAAAAGUCACAAAGGAAUACGUGCAGUGGCUGACCAGUGCCAAGCGAGGAGACUCCUGGGCUGUGCUGGUCAGAGUAGAGACGGACCAGCACCGUGCACCCCGCGACCCAGCCAUCCUGCCCCGGGACACUAGCCCCAGAGAGCUCCUCCAUGUGCCUCAGGGAGCGUGCCUGCCGGUGUCCGCUGGAGAGAUCAUCUGGGACAUCGGGAAGCUGGGCCCGUCCUAUGUCUCUCCCGGGGGCACGGGCCACACGUGGAGUAGGGAGGGUGUGGCCCUUGGCCCCCUCCUCCAGCCUCACCUCACGCCAUGCCUCCACUUGCCCCGGGCCCACCUUGGAAGCCUCCUUUGUGACCUGGGAGCACACACAGCCCCGGCCUGGCCCCAGGCCUGCAGCCCACUGGACCCUCUGCCCGCCUGCUCCUUUCUGAACUCCUACACGGAGGGCUUCUCUCCACGCUCCGCCCAGCGGCCCACACCUCAGGCCAUCGGCCACCGGGGCCCUUACUGUUUCACGUGCCACUUUCCAGCCCUCGCUGUUUCCAAGCUUUUCCAUGUUCCAGUGGAGGCAGAACAUGGAUACUGGCCACCCAGCCACCAUGCUGUGAGGAAGCCCAAGCCGCCCUGUGGAGGGACGCACACGGAGAGGGAGCACCAGCCGUGCUCUGAGCCAUCUCAGAAGCAGCUGCGGCAGCCUGGAGGAGCUGUCCCAGCUGAGCAGAGCGGUGACGCGUCCUACGGCCGAGCCCUGCCCAAAUUGAGAACCAACGAAACAGUUGUUGGUUCUAUGAAGAUGGGAAGGACAAAUAUCAUUCAUUAUCUUCAUUUUGCCAAUAAGGGAAGGAGAGCUUUAUUUUCUGCUUGGUCUGUGGAUAGCUUCUCGGGAACUGGCUUCCAAGGGCGAGAGGAGCAGGCAAUGGGGUGGCGGUGGGUGCUCCCGAGAUCACCUACAGCUGGGAGUUGCUUAUUGAAGACAGUGUGCAAAGUUCGGCUCAGAUAA